AUGACCACCUCUGAAUUUUCGGCUGCCAUUAACCACAGCGGCUACACCGACAAUGUGUACUCGGGCAAGCAAGAGCACCGCGUCCAGGUCUGCGGCAUCCUUGAGAAAGAGGGCGAGAUUCCCAGCCACGCCAUUGAGGGCGAGGUUGCCUGGUUCUACGACGUCCUGGGCCUCGAUGAUAUGUACUUCAUGCGUGAGGAGCCUAGCACUGUCGCCGAGCACAUCACGGCGAUAUACGGCUCCGAGCUGUCCAGCAACAAGAUGGGCAAAUCGAUCAGCGUCUCCCUCGCUACCCGCCACGAGAACAGCGCCAUGUUCAUUCACAAUUCGACACCCGGCAUUUCCAAGACUGACGGCGACAAUUUCGAAAAGAUGAUUGACACCGAGUACCUGGAUAUCAGCGUGGCCGAGAAGGCAUACCGCGUUGAGUCAUACCGCUCGCGUGGCAAGGUCUCCAAGAGCCUCGACGCGUCGCUGCGUACGUACUUUGUCAACGCCUGCGAGUUCGUCAACCCCGACCCACAGGGCGACGCCGUCAACGACAUCAACCAAGUGUCUGACCGCACCUUUUUGGCCAAGGCCACGCCCAGUGUGCUCGAUCUGUACGGCAGCGUGGUCUCCAAGGUUCUCACCCGCACCGGUCCGGUCAUCGUCUCGGACGAGCUGCCCAGCGGCGAACACCGCAUUGUCAUCGGCUACCGCCAGCGCAGCACACAGGGCUACUUCUCAGCGCUGUCCGACCUGUACCACUACUACAGCAUGUACUCGUCGCGCAAGUACGUCGAGCAGUUCUCCAACGGCGUGACUGUCAUCAGCCUCAGCGCAUCGCCCGUGCUCAGCCCCGCAACCUCGCCGACGUCAAUCGAGGACAACGUCAACCAGAUCAAGAAGGAAGCCAGUCUGCUGUUCUGCAUCCCCAACACACCGUUCCAGAACCUGUUCAAGACCGGCGAGCUGUCCGUGCAGGAGACCGUGUAUGGCUACACCGUGUGGAUCUUCGCCCAGCACUUCCUCAACCGCCUGGGCAACGAGUACGCAACGCUCGUUGAGAUCCUCAACCCGACUGACGCGACCGCCGUUGAGGUGCUCGCCAAGCUCAAGAAGCGCCUACGCCAGGAGACUUUCACACGCGAGCUGAUACUCGACAUCCUGUUGCGCCACCGCGAGCUGCUCAAGGACCUGUACGCCCACUUUGCACAGGUGCACCAUAUUAACACCGCGUCGCCCACCACCAGCGCCAAGCGCCUGGUCAGCGAGUUGAAUAACGAUCUGCACGUGUCACUGUCAGCUCAGCGGCUACAGGACACCGUGCCCCUGAGCACCGAGGACCUGCGCGUCAAGAUCGCACGCGUCACGACUAACGAGCAUGACGCAAUGGUGAUGCGCGCGCUGCUCGACUUCAACGAGAAUGUGCUCAAGACCAACUUUUACCAGCCAACCAAGGUUGCGCUCUCGUUCCGCAUGGACCCGAGCUUCCUGCCGGCAAUCGAGUACCCUGUCAAGCCUUACGGCCUGUUCCUGGUCAUCGGUAACGAGUUCCGCGGCUUCCACGUGCGCUUCCAGGAUGUCGCCCGUGGCGGAAUCCGCAUUGUACGCUCGCGCAACGCCGAGGCGUUUUCGAUCAACCAGCGCACGUUGUUUGACGAGAACUACUCGCUGGCGUCGACGCAGCACCGCAAGAACAAAGACAUCCCUGAGGGCGGCUCCAAGGGCACGAUCCUGCUUGGCAUCGAGUCCCAGGACAAGGCGUUUAUUGCCUUUGAGAAGUACGUCGACGCCAUGCUCGAUCUUCUGCUGGUUGGCCAGUCGCCGGGCAUCAAGAACCGCCUGGUCGACCGCCUCGGCCGCGACGAGAUCCUGUUCUUUGGCCCCGAUGAGGGCACUGCCGGCUACAUGGACUGGGCUAGCCAGCACGCUCGCAAGCGCGGCGCUCCAUUCUGGAAGGCCUUCACCACAGGCAAGAGCCAGACCCUGGGCGGUAUCCCCCACGACACGUACGGCAUGACCACGCGCUCCGUGCACCAGUACGUCCUGGGCAUCAUUCGCCAGUUGAACCUCGACGAGUCUGCGUGCACCAAACUGCAGACCGGCGGCCCCGACGGCGACCUGGGCUCCAACGAGAUCAAGAUCAGCAACGACCGCACCACUGCCGUUGUCGACGGCAGCGGUGUGCUCUACGAUCCCCACGGCAUUAACCGCGAGGAGCUCACGCGCCUGGCUCUGGCGCGCCAGAUGAUCCAGCACUUUGACACCUCCAAACUCAGCCCCGAGGGUUUCCGCGUGCUGGUUGACGACUUCCAGGUGACUUUGCCCAACGGCACGCUCGUCCAGGAUGGUCUGUCGUUCCGCAACGUUUUCCACCUUAACAAGUUGGCUGCCGCCGACUUCUUUGUCCCCUGCGGUGGCCGUCCCGAGUCCAUCGACAUUAACAACAUCGGCUUGCUGUUUGAUGCCGAGGGCACUCCUCGCUUCAAGUACGUCGUCGAGGGCGCCAACCUCUUCUUCACGCAGGAUGCGCGCCUGCGCCUGGAGAAGGCCGGAGUGCACCUGUUCAAGGACGCCUCAGCCAACAAGGGCGGUGUCACUUCGUCGUCGCUCGAAGUCCUCGCCGCGCUGUCCUUCACGGACGCCGAGUUCGGCCGCCUGAUGUGCAAGCAGGCCGAUGGCACUCUGCCCUCCUUCUACCAGGAGUACGUCUCGGAUGUGCAAAAGUUUAUCGAGGCCAACGCCGCACGCGAGUUUGAGUGCCUCUGGAACGAGUCCAAGCGCACGGGUAAGCCCAAGAGCAUACUCUCAGAUGAGCUGUCGGUUGCCAUUGUCGAGCUCCGCAAGAGCCUUGAGAGCACCGACCUGUGGAACAACAUUGCCCUUCGCCGCCUCAUUAUGCAGGAGGCCCUGCCGGCCCGUCUGCUCAAGGAGCUUGGGCUUGACACCGUCCUCGAGCGCGUCCCCCUGAACUACCUCAAGGCUAUCUUUGGUGCCUACCUCGCGUCGCACUUUGUUUACGAGUACGGCACCGACCCGAGCCAGUUUUCCUUCUUUGAGUUUAUGUCAAAGCACACCACCAAGGCUGAGGCUGCCAACUGA